UUCCCAAAUCCUCGUCCCGUUGUCGACCAUUCCUUUCCUUCCGCCAUUGAUGAUCGUCUGAAUAACAUGUUAGGGUUCACAUCCUUGUUACUCCCGCAGGUAUUUUUUUCUUCUAAACCAGUCACUGUACUUAUUCAUAAUCCUACCCUCUCUUUCCCGUAUUUCCCUCUCAAAUUCCGAACCCCUAACACCCCCCGAACCCCCUCAAGCUUCACGUUGUUCGCUCAAAACGGCGAAAGCGACUCAAACAACAGAGAAUCUAGCAAGGAAUCUGUGACAGAGAAGCUCAACGGUUCAGUUAAUGGUGGUGAGGGUGGGGGUAGUGAUGAUUCCAAGAGAGAUCCACGGCCUCUGUUUAAUCUGAGAUGGAGUGAUUUGCUCUAUCCUGAUGCUGACAACUUCUUGGCCGUUGGAUUGGCUGGUCUCUUCACUUGGGCAAGUGUUCAGGUUUAGCCUCUUUAGUGGCGGACCGACGCCAACGUCUCCUUCCUCUUCUCUGCGCUCGCCUUGCUCGACUCCAUCGACUGUCUUCUUCAUCUCUCUUGUCGGCUGUUGAAAACUCACAAAUAAUCGGCAUCAAG